CACACACACGCACACACUUAGCCAGUAUCGGUUGCUCCCUUCCACACUUCAACAUUUUUAACAUGCAGUAAUACAUUUAACGUAUUUUGUUUCUUUUAUUUUUUUUAAACGUGUAACAUGAUUGUUUCUUCGCUAACGAAGCUAAUUUGCUAAAGUCGUACCGUCAACAAACAUGAAGCCCUAAAAAAAAAAAAGGUUGAUUUUAAAAAGCGACAUGGAAGAAGCUUCUUCUCCUUAAAGACACGACAUGAGAAAAUGGGAGCUGACAAUGAACCCGGUGCAGGAGUGGGGUGAAGAAUGCGAGGACGGUGCAGUUUACGGGGUCACCCUGCAUCGCGUGCCGGUCCCUUCCCCGCCCCACCCCGGCGAUGCCAAUCCAUCCUGCGCUUUCGUCCAGUACCGAACCGUCAAAGUUCGCCGUCUGAAGGCGGCCGGUCUGCAAAAGCUCGUGAGUCACCUCCUUGAGCCCGCCUGUGUGGAGCAGCAGGACUACAGCAGGAUCUUCCUCGCCACUUACAGAACUUUCACCAGCACGGCAAAGCUUCUGGAGCUCAUCUUUCAUCGGUACAAUGACACGUUUCUUUACACCACACUGCAAGUGUCAUGUCUGCACAGUAAAAAUAACAGGUAGCAAAAGUGUGUCUCAAAUAACUAUAAAGUGGUGGUGUGCAAAGUGUGACCAAGGGGGACAUUUUUGGUUCGCAGCUAUUUUUGGUGUUGCUCCAAAGCGUUCACACAUACGUUUUUUCUUCGUCUGCAGAUUUUGGCGUGCUCUACCUUCCACAUUUUUCAUCCGAUUCAAACCAUUCCAACUUCAAACUGUUCAGCCUAUUCGGGAAUCGCGGGAUUUCCCUUAACAAAUUCCAAAAAUUCCCAGAUUCCCCAGAAUUCCAGGUUUUCCAGGACAUUUUUCCCAUUCAAAAUGAAUUGGCCAUUUUUCAAGCAUCCACCAUUUCCACAUUUUUUUAC